AUGCCACCACAUAGUCGCGGACGAGACGCAAACUGUCUGCGCGACGUCAAGAGCUUGAACGUCUUUCUCUCAUCGAUCCAUGGAGUCAAGCUCGGCGACUUUGGCACGGCACGGACCCUUGAGACGCUCAUGACGGGCAACAUCGGGUCGCAACUCUGGAUGGCCCGCGAGGUCUUCCGCGCGUACGACUACAACCCAAGCCAGGACGAUGACCGAACGCUCUACACGUCGGCCGCCGACAUUUACUCGUUUGGUAUCACCUUGUCCGAAGUAGAGACGGGCCACAAGCCGUAUGCGAACCAUGAUGGCAACGUCAUUGCUAGCGUGCACGCCGGGAUGUUGCGUCCGGACCUCGGCCAAGCCUGCCCGCGUUGGCUCCGGAAGCUCGCGACCGCCUGCUGGGCGCAAAAGCCGUCGAGUCGCCCGACGGCCCAGCAGAUUAUCAAGUUUCUCACCUAG